AUGGUAAUGGCAGAAGUUGAAAAAUCCAUUCAAGAAGAGCUUUCUCUUCCAAUUCUCCUCGCAGAAAGAGUAAUAAAAUCAGCUAAAGAAGCUGAAUCUUUCAAGCCUGAAAACAACGACCUCGCCGCCCAAGUAGCCCAACUAGCCCAGCACCUCCGAGCCGUCGCCCGCCUCACCACGGCCUCCUCCAACAUCUACGAACGCCCUAUCCGUCGUGUCGCCGCCGACCUCACAAAAUCCCUCGACCGUGCUCUCGCCCUCUGCCGCAAGUGUAAAAACAAAAAGACUAAUGUUCUCCGGCACGUUCUUUCGAUCACCACCGCCACUGACUUUAAAAAAGUGGGUAAUCUUCUAGAUUCUUCUUCAGCUGAUGUUCAUUGGCUUCUCUCAAUAUUUAAACCCGAUUCUGAAAAUGGGACUAUAAAUUUAUCUUUACCUCCAAUCGCUAGUAAUGAUCCGAUUUUAGCUUGGGUGUGGUCUUAUAUAGCUUCCGUGCAAAUGGCCCGCCCCGAGGCUGCUCAGGGGCUGGCCACAUUAGCACGGGAUAAUGAUAGAAACAAAAAAUUUAUAGUAGAGGAAAAUGGGAUUCCUCCAUUACUGAAGCUGUUGAAAGAAAAUUCGAAUUCUGAUGCCCAAAACGCAGCAGCAAAUGCACUUUAUAAUUUGGCGGAUGAUCAAAAGCGCAUUGAAGUUAUAGCUGAUGCUCUUGGGAUUCAGAUCAUUGCAAAGGCGCUAUCAGAAGCGCCUAUGAGGGUUCAGGUGAUGUUGGUUAAUUUGGUGUCUAGGAUGGUGGAGAAGGAUUUUAAAGUGCAGGAGGAGUUUGGGAGGGAGAAUAUAUCUAGGCCGCUAGUGAGCCUUUUGGGUAUGGAUGUGGAUUUGGAGGAUUUUAAGGAUGUGGGGCAGCGAAGGACAGCUACUAGUUUGCAUUCAUUGGUUCAUAUUAAUAAAGAAAUUUCGAGAAUGGUUGGUAGCGGUUUGAGUAGUGGUGGUAGUUUGGAUGGGAGUCGACAAAAUAAUGGUAAGAAGGAGAAGGAAAGGGAGGGAGAGUCGAUGGAGGUGAAGUCGGAGCUUAAGGUGAGUUGCGCGAGUGCACUGUGGAAACUAGCUAGAAGUAGUUUAUUGAAUAGUAAGAAGAUUACGGAGACUAAGGCCUUGCUUGUUUUGGCGAAGAUUAUUGAGAAAGAGAAAGGGGAAUUGCAGAUUAAUUGUUUACUAGUGGUGAUGGAAUUGGCUGCAGUUGCUGAGUCUAAUGCUGAUCUUAAGCGUACGGCUUUUAAGCCAACUUCUCCGGCUGGAAAAGCCGUUUUGGAUCAACUUUUGAGGGUGAUAAAUGAGGAGAGUAGUGUGUCUUUGCUGAUCCCGUCGACUAAGGCAAUAGGGUGUUUGGCGAGGACGUUUCCAGCUAAGGAAACACGUAUAAUCGAGCCUUUGGUUUCUCUUGUUGGUCAUAGGAAUCCUGAAGUGGCUACUGAAGCAGCUAAAGCUUUGGGAAAGUUUGUUCGUGAUGAUAAUUUCAAUCGAAAGGAACAUUCUAAGGCGAUUGUCGAGUUUAAUGGGAUACCAAAACUUAUGAAUUUGUUGAGGACAAGUGAUCGAGGCCAGUUGCAUUUGCACGAGCUCAUAUUGCUAUGUAACCUUGCAAUAAAUGUCAGUAAUAACAAGUCUCUCGAACAAGAAAGAGCAUUGAGUGUGCUUGAAAAGGCGGCUCGACAUGUUGUACUGCAGCAUCCUGAGUUGAGAGAAUUAUUUUCAAAGGCCAUACACCAGCUUACUCUAUACCAGAGUGGAGCUCAUACAGUCAUACUCACAUAA